GAAGCAGGAUGUGACAUUCCAAUUGGAAGCGGCGCGCGGCUGCGCUGAUCAGUUUCAACCCCCGGGGAAGGUCGAUGGACGCGAGUUCGCGGCCGCUGACCGCCUGAACCAGACUGCGCAGAACCCGGGGGGUUUAUCACCCCUCCACCAGUGGCCCAGCACCGUCAGUCUGCAGCAGCAGCAGCAGCAGCUGCAACAACAGCAACAGCAGCAGCCAUUGCAGAAUUACACCUUGCAACCUACAAGAAGGCAGACAUGUUCACCCGGCUAGUGCUUGCGGCGGCCGUCCUGCUGCGGGCUACACAGUGCUACAAGCCGGUGAUCGUGGUGCACGGCUUGUUCGACAGCCCCGGCGACAUGGUGAUCCUCCAGAAUUUCAUCAACGAGUCGCACCCUGGCACCAACGUGACAAUCAUUGACCUGUUUGACCGGACGGGGAGCCUGAAGUCGCUGUGGAGCCAGGUGGAAGGCUUCAAGCAGGCCAUCUACCCCAUCAUGCAGAACGCAGCUGACUGGGAGAGAAGAGACGGAGUGCACAUGAUCUGUUACUCACAAGGUGGACUGAUCUGUCGGGGAAUUAUCUCCACCAUGCCCAACCACAACGUGGAUACCCUGGUAUCACUGUCCGCCCCUCUGCUGGGCCAGUACGGAGACACGGAUUACCUGAAGUGGCUUUUCCCAAAGUACGUGAAGACCAAUCUCUAUCACUUUUGCUACACACACAUCGGACAGCACGUCUCCAUCUGUAACUAUUGGAACGACCCGCACCAUCACGACCUGUACCUCAGCUCCAACAACUACCUGGCCUUCCUCAACAACGAGAGGGACAAUCCCAACGCCACAGAAUGGAAGAACAAUUUCCUCAGGCUCCAACAACUGGUUCUCAUCGGUGGGCCCGACGAUGGUGUGAUCACCCCCUGGCAGUCAAGCCACUUUGGGUUUUACAACGAGAUUGAGACGGUGUUGGAGAUGAAGAAGCAACUGAUUUACCGCAAGGACACGUUUGGCCUGAAGACGAUGGAUGCCCGCAAUGCUAUCACCACCUUCACGAUGACCAAUGUACAUCACACGGAGUGGCAUUCCAACAAGACCGUGUUUGAGACGUGCAUCGUCAAGUGGCUCACGUAGAUACCACGGGCGGGAGAGAGGGAUGGAGGGAGGUCCAAGGUUCCAGAGCAACCCCCAAACCAAACCAAACCAAACUCAACCCAACCCCCCAAUGCACUGCCCCCUGCAGGUGGGAAGAGCGAACUGCAGGAGACAUUCCCAGAAGACGGGGCCUCGACCCGAAACGUCACCUGUCCACGUUCUCCAGAGAUGGGCGGCACGGUGGCACAGCAGUAGAGCUGCUUCUUUCUAGCUCCAGAGACCCGGGUUCGACCCUGACCUCGGGUGCUGUCUGCAUGUGAAGUUUGCACGUUCUCCCCCGUGACCGCGUGCGUUCCUUCCGGAUGCUCCGGUUUCCUCCCACAUUCUAAAGACGUACAAAUCUGUGGGUUAAUUGGCUUCAGUAAAUUGUUAGUUACAAGGAGUGCCCGGGGUCUGCACAGACUCAGUGGGCCGAAGGGCCUGUUUCCAUGCUGAAUCUCUAAGCUGAACUAGCAGGGAGCUAAACCUGACUUGUGCUGGAAAACAAAGGCACAAAGUGCUGACAUAACUCAGCGGGUCAGGCAGUAUCUCCGGAGAACAUGGACAGGUGACGUUUCGGGUCGAGACCCUUCUUCGGAAUGAAUGUGUCGAUGUGCAGGAAGGAACUGCAGAUGCUGGUUUCAAUGCAAAGAUGGUCACAAAAAGCUGGAGUAACUCAGCGGGACUGGCAGCAUCUCUGGAGAGAAGGAAUGGGUGACGUUUUGGGGCGAGACCCUUCUCCGGACUCGAAUGGGGGACGGAGGUCUGAAGAAGUUGUCUCGAUCCGAAACGUCACCCAUUCCUUCUCUCCAGUGAUGCUGCCUGUCCUGCUGAGUUACUCCAGCUUUCAGCCUCCAUCUUCGACUUGUGUUGAUAAUUGAUCAGUCGCGGGUACUUUUCCACGCUCCACCCAAGUCACUCGCUAGUCGGUCCGAUUAGCGGCGUUUGGUGAAUACGCCUCCUGGCCAUUCCUCCAAGACUGGUCCUCUCCCUCCCCAACCCAUCUCUGCGAUCUGCACCGUUAAUGCAAACCUUCAGAAUUUCUUCUUCCCUGUUCAACGCCUGGGCGGAAAUCCUGGCGGGGGGUCGGGGGGGGGACCUGUAAACC